GCUUUGUCGGCAACAUUAGACUCAAUGGCGGCAGUCGUUUCUUUUUUGGACAAAAGCAGGGGUGGCGUAUCUUUGGCCCUGUUUGUGCCGUCGGCAAAACAAUUUGCCUCUGCCAUCGCCGCAGUCAAAUUUUUACGAAUGUGCAACACACAUGUUCAAAAUCAGGUAAAUUGGCACUUUGUGCUGCCGAAGGGUGUUCACAUUCAGGAUGAAGACCUGCGUAUGCUGCGAAUCGUGUCGGAUUGCUCGGUGAAGGUAGAAGAUUUUGUGCGAACUCAUAAUCUUGGUUCGAGUUUGCAAAAAAACGGAUCCUGGCCAGAGAGUUUGGCGCGAAACGUGGCGCGGCGGCACUGUCAGAACGAGUGGGUCACUGUCCUGGAAGCGGAAACGCCACCUUUCAAGGACCUGCGGUUGCCCCGCUUCUUGGCCCAAGUCCGCUGCAAAAGGUGUGUCUUCCUGCUGCCCCUGUACGAAACUUCUGGGCAAAGAGAAGCACCUAAGGACAAACAGGCUCUUUUGGAGGCUGUUAACCGCGGAGAGGCCACGGCGGCCGUCGAGGGCCUUGAUCUGUGGGAGCGUGGGCCGCCCACACAAGAAAUCAAAAGCAUCGCCUUGACGAAAAACGUACCCCUAGACAAAAAUAUUUUUUUCGUGGCAACACAUGAGAUUCCCAAAUUUGAUGAGAGGUACCUGGCAAAACACUCAACGUGGGCAAAAGCUGCACAGGUGUUAGAGAUGCAACUUGCCGGUUUCAAAUUAUUUGUACUAGACCCGCUGUUUCUGUGGCGCCGCCGCCGCGCCCCGUCUUUCCAAAGGGACGAGGAAGGGCAGCAAAUUUUUGCGCACCACCUGCGGGAGCUGUCCCUGGUUUACGACAAGUACCUUCCAAAACUGAUGGCCACUUACCCAUACCACAACCCUACGGUCGUCCAAGUCUGCAAAGCAAAGCAAAAGACUCAAAUCGUUAGCAACCUGAAGGACAACCCUUCCUUCAAAUAUGGGCUGCCCCCGCCGGGCAAACUCGGAUUCCAACUUUGAAAACAAAAAAUUUAAAAAAAUCUUCGAUUGAAUUGACUGCAAUAAAAAAUAAUACUUGUAAUUUAUUAAAAUAUG